GGUGUGUGUUUCGCCAGGCGUCACCUCCAGCUCUGUGACGGGGAAGGGAAGCCUACUACUUGCCAGUCAGCAUGCCCAUGUCAGGCCAGUCAUGAAACCGCUUGAGGCCAUCCGUUGUACGCACCCCAACUGUUUGUGUGAAUGCUUCUCCCCUGGAAAGUCCUGUCUCCGUCAAUGUGAAACAUGCAAGCAUGGUUGGGUCUCUCACGCUCUUGACAAGCUCGGCUACGCACACUUAUUCAACCUCGGGAUGCAGGUGGAGGUUGUUCAACCCAACAUUGUUUUCGACAUCGCAAGUCUGAUGCUGUAUGGAGCUCAGGCAACACCAAUUCGACUGAAGAUUCUUCUGGACCGUCUAUUCAGUGUCCUCCAGCAUGACGAGGUGCUGCAAGUACUCAAUGGCUUCGGCUGGACGUACGAGGACUAUGCCAGGGGAUACAUCCUUCAGGACUCAAAUGGCCGUGUCCUAGACAAGUGGACGAUUGCAUCCCGUGAGGAGGAACAUAUCAUUCUUCAGCAGUUUUUGCGGUUUGGAGAGACCAAGGCCAUUGCUCAGGAGAUCAUUCUUCAGGACACCAAAGAGAAACAAGACCUGUACAUCAAGCAGACAACACGGGCAGAGUCAGAGAUCAAGAAAUUCAUUGAACGCAGCAAUCUGAGCACCACACAGGGCCUCAUUCGACCUUAUGAAGCACGACCUCUGUUUGCUGGACGUCUUCCCCUCCUGCCUCCGGGCAGCCGACUGUUGACUCCCCCUCUCCUGCAGGCCAGUUACUCCCCCACAAGAGAUAUUCGACCUCUGGGCAUGCCUACCUCAAACGCAACUUCCACAUCCGUCUCCCCUCUUGGCCGACUCCAGACUAUGCAACCCUUUGUUCGGCGAGAUCAGACAAGCCCAGACCCAAGUCCCAACUCAGUUGACAAACCAGCAGCAAGCUCCUCCCCAUCAAGUGACAGUCCGAAGAAUCUCUGUUCGACACCUACAUCUAUCCACUCAGCACCCUCCCCAAUCAUGUCACAGAGGAAUCUUGAUAGCAGCGAGAAUGCAGCUGUGCCUGGUGGCAUCUGUGUCAUGGACGAUGAUGAUCAGUCUCUGGGGGCUAUUGAUUACUCAACAAAAGAAGACCCGGCCUCGCCAGACUAUGACAGUAAAGCCAAACAUUUGAGAAAGUCGAACCACCCAAUCAAGCGUCAGUGGACACCUUCAGCUGGGUUUGGUCAAACAUUCAUUGGGCCGAAUGGUAAGAAGCGUGUGCUGUGUACAGCUUGUAACAAGACAUUCUGUGACAAGGGUGCUUUGAAAAUUCACUACAGUGCAGUUCACUUGAAAGAAAUGCAUAAAUGCACAGUUGAUGGCUGUAACAUGAUGUUCAGUUCCCGCAGAAGUCGCAAUCGUCACAGUGCAAAUCCCAACCCAAAGCUCCACAUGGCAACUAAGAGGAAAGACAUGAGUGACAGUCCUAGACCCUAUGAUGAUGCCAAGUCUGUCAGGAUGAUAAACAGCCCACCAACAAUGGUAGUCCCUCCAUCACUACUUCCUAGAGGUGCACUGCCAGGAGUGGAUGCCCAAGGCUUGAUGAGAGCUGAUCCUGCCUUUUUUGUUGACAUGAACAAUCAAUUUGCAUAUAUACAUGCCCCAGAUAAAAGACCAAGACUUGACACGGAUGACACUUCAGAUGACAAUCACGAUGAACCAAAGGACCUCAGCAACCAUAUUGUGGAAGAGGGUGAGCCACUAGAUGAGGAGAGCAAACAAGAAUCCAACGUACAGAGAGGGGGGAGUCGUCGAAAGAGCAAUGCUCCAACAAGGUGUGCUCAAAAUGAUGAGAUGUAUGUGAUGUCAGAUGAUAACUCAGAUGACAAAGAUCCUUCAAAUGGCAAAUCUCUCGCAGGCAGAGGUAGGAGAUUAUCCUGUAAGGAUGGCAAGUCUGAAUCAGAUCGCCAUCCACAGGACUCAUGCAUCAAGUCAGAACCAAAGGAUGAGGUAGAGCAAGGAGAUGGUGAGAAGGAUGAAGACAUGGGCUGUGGUAAUGGCAUCCACUGUGGACCUGAUGACAAACUACAGUCAGACCAAGACCUCAAAGAGCAAAUAAGCAGAAAACGAAAUUCCAUCAAUUUCCCAAAGAUUGCAUCCCUUUUAACCAACUCCAGCCAUCAGAACAAUAACAACAACAGUAGCAUUGCAUCUGAUGAUAGUUUCCAAAAUCACUCUGCUUCUGUCCAUGAAGCCAGCCCAUGCUCUUCCCCAUGUCGUUCUGACCAAGACUCUGAAGAUUCAUGCAUAGAAUCGAACACAAAUGGCCACCUAGUUGAAGACUUGGAAAUUCCAAUUGACAAGACCAAUCCCCAAAAAUGCCUGACAUGUGGAAAGAUGUUCCAGAAUCAGUUUGGAGUGAAGAUCCACUACAGGAAUGCACACAUGAAGCUUGUACAUCCAUGCACAGUUGAUGGCUGCAGUGCUACAUUUCCAUCCAAGAGAAGCCGAGACCGUCAUGCCUCAAACCUAGGCCUUCAUAAGAAGUUGCUCUCAUCAGAUGACCAUGAACAGGAUGGAGAUUCCAGCACCAACAUGCAAAACUUGAGAGAAAAUGUGCUGCAGUCUUUGUAUGGGCCUGACUUCAUUGAGAAUGAGACUUGCGGGAGGAACGGGCAUCUCUCCCCAUCAGCCUCUGGAUCAGCUGGGUCUGAAUGCAACUCUGAUGAUGAGCCGGAAGAAGAUGAGAUCCAUAUCAAUGGCCAUGCAGGCAGUGAUGACUCCUCUGAUGUAUCCGUCUCAUGCCAUCUCUGUGAGUCCAAGUUCAGGGACAACCUGGCUUUGAAGGAACAUUUUGAGAAUGUACACCCAAAGGAAAUGUUUCAGUGCACCAUCAAUGGAUGUGAAAAGAUAUUUUCAACUCGUAAAAGUCGGAAUCGACACAGUCAGAAUGAUGGCCUCCACCGCCAUCUGCCCGUAGGGAAGAAGAAUGGCGUGUCCUGACCCAUGUGUCAGGAAGACUAGACUCUAGCAACCUCAGUGGUUACACCAUAUGACCACUUCUAUAUAUGCAGCACUUCCGUCAGUAGAGUAUUCAGUGUCUUCGGAACCGAUGGCAUCUGUGUGAUGCAGUUCCAUAUUUCUCUACAAUAGGAGAACAAUUCUCAUGCAAUACGGUCACUUGGCCAUUUAGUUCUGUAUAUGCAUUUAGUUUGUAGUUUCAGUAGUUGUCUACUACAGACUUGAAACGUUUAUAAGCAAACUGUGGUAGCAGCACUAGUGUUUCUCUAGGGUUUUCCCAGAAGCAGUGCCUCUUGAACUCUAGCACAUGACUCCAGAAUGAUGGAGCAGAGAAAGCCUUAUGUCAUGUGAGUGAAGUCCUAGACAAAAACCAGGAACUAUGCCCUAGAAUAGGAGUAUAUUGUGCUGUGGACCUCAAAGACAAGGUGGGCUUUAACGUAGUGUGAAAGUCUGUAAUGUGAGUGAGUAGACUUUAGACUUUCUUCAUCUGUUGGAUGUAAGAACAAACUGAGGCAAUAUACCUGUGAGGAGGACACACCUCACUUGGUACAAGCGAGGUCAGCAUCAUCAUCACGUCAGAGACAAAGGGAUUGUGUAUUGAAGCAAUAGUUUGAUAUGGGCAUCUGGCUGACUAAAGUAGACGGUUCUUCUGGAUCAGCUACAGUGUCCAUGUGUGCCAUAAUGGACCAUCAGUUUAUAUCCAUGACAGCCAAGACUGCAAGGCUGGUCUGGGUGAGAGGCUGAAUUUUCAUCAGUAUUAUAAUUCCUGCAUAAAUUUGCAGAGAUGUGUGCCUGCAAUUCAGUAAAACAUUGCUAUAUCUGAUAAGAUUGGUAAACAACACCCUGUACGUCCAGUUGACUUCCUUUGGAUAACCUGGGGUACAGUUCUUUAUGUUAGGCCAUAAAGUGGUUUUCAUUUUGAUAUUUCAUGAUACAAAAACUAAAAUGAUCAAAACGGAACAUACAAUAGAGUUCCAAUACCAACUAUAUCUGAAACUGCAGGUGUUAAACAUGAGACUUAGCAAGUGUUUUGCUGAUUGGUGCAGACGAGGAAGGAGACCCUACCAGAGGGACUCAGCAUAUCACUACCACAUGUGCAAUGGUCAACUAUUUAUUUAUUGAAUCUAUGCAUGUUUUAGCAACUUAACACGUUAUAUACAUGUCAUUGUUCAUUUGCCAUCACUUACCCACAUCAUGAAUGUUGUUUUGUGCAUUUUAUACCAUGUUUGUAGAUGAUCUCAAGACGAGCAAGUUUACUGACAAAUGCUUUUUCAUCAUAUAUAAUCACUUCCAACCCCAAUUUUACAUGACAAAUAUGCACAUAUUGUAGCAUCGUACAUAUUAUGCAAUCAUAGCGGGAAAUGGCCGCCUUAUCAAUAGCAAUUGUUUUAGAUCUUUUGAUCAUUACACAUUAGAGAUAUAGUUUAUUCUCUUCCUUUGGAAUAUUUGGACUCUUGUUCUUAUGUAUUCAUCUCAAUGGUCUCAUUACUGUAUACACAGGCAGGAAACCUGUGUUUCUCCACCUUUCACCACAUAUUUAUUCCUCCUAUCUUCAACAGUCUAUCACUUUAACUCUUACCACAAUCCUUUCACCUGAUGCCGCUUUAUGGUACAGGGUUGGAAUGGUUUCUCUUCCUUUUUCACUUGGAGCAUAAUAUUUUCUUCUCAGCAACCAAAAAACUUUAAACUGAAUAUCUGUAUUUGUGAAUAGCUGAAUUGUUUGGUGUUAUUUGAUGCUAUUAAGUCUGGUCAAGACAAAGGGCAACUGAGCAUUUAGCAGUGGGGGGUGGGAAGAUUGUGUUUGUGUAAAUCAUAGAAAAAAACCCUAGAGAUUCAUUAUUCCAUAUUCCCAAACUUUGCGAUCACCUAGGUUUUGGUACUCACAGUACUUUAUGCUUUAGGGCACAGAAUAGUCACACUUGUUUGUUUUUAUGGUGCUAUUACAAGAUUUAACAUUUGCAAUAUUUUUCAUACAUUUCAAACAUGAGUGGAUUUUUUUUCUGUAUACCUAAGUUUUAGUUGGUUGUUUUUGUGAUGGUUAAAGGUAGCAAUUGUGUGCUCAAGUGAUUAUAUUGUCAUUGUUUUGCCAUUAUUUUAACAUACAUACACUCAGGAAUAUAUCAGAUUUAUUAACUAACUCGGUUUUAGUGUGUAGCAGUAGAAUUGCUGAAAUGUGUAUCAGGAUUCAUAAUAAUUUGCAUAAAUUAGCAUAUCAUUUCAUAAAUCCAUUUUAGCUGUGCAAUAUUGCAUUAUAAAUACAUCAUACCUCAGACAUGUGUGCAAUCAGCAGUGACGGUCCCAUGGAUAUCGAUAUAUAGAUCUUACACUUUGUUUGAUUGGGCUCAAAUCAAAACUUGUAUUUUUAGAUAUUUUUUUCAGUUUCUACAAUACACAGUAUACACGGUUAGCCUUAGACAUGACUAAGACUAAAACUUCCAUGAUUGUAGAGUGGGUCCACAACUAAGAAACUGUGCAUAAACUGAUUUGUGUGCCAUACUAUGUAGUCUGUUUGUCAGGUGGUCACAUGUUCCAAACAUUGGACAUUUGUUGGUGGGUUUCAGUAUUUAUUUUUGUGUAAAAAUAUUAUUUUAUGUCAUUAUUUAUUUCUCAUUUGUUUGUAAAUUUUAAUGCCUUGAAAAUCAAAAUAUUUAUAUUGUUGGUAUGGUAACAUUGGUUAGUGAUAUUUGUUUUAAGAUAAAGUAGAAUAAAACAAUAAGAAAACAUGACAAAAAGAUUUUGUUCUUGUUUAACCUUCAGGAUACAAGGAUGAAAUGAGAAUGGUAUGAGUAGUACUAGUCAAGCUUAAUGUUCGAAUUGUAAACAUUUUCCACCAUUGUGUUUUGAUGUGUUUUCAUUAUGUUGAGGAGGAAGUUGGUAAAUUAAUAUAUAAGGUAGAGUUUUAUGUUUCUGAGAUUCAUUGUAUGGUUGUGCUAAUUUCUGAUAGAUAUUGUGUUUUAUGUUGAAAAAACACUACAGAUGUUUUGUCAGUUAUUAUUUAUUUGCAUGUAAAUGAUGUAUGUGCCCAUUCACAGUAUGCCAAAUCAAAGGGUUUUCUGUACGAAUCAGCUUAGAAUCUAUGCACAUUCUUUACAGUUUUUUUUGUAAUAAUGAUCCAUUGAUAUGAACUAUUAUCACAAUGACUGUAUACACAUUAUUACAAUAUGGUAAUGUAUAUGAAAUGUAACCUUUAUCUGUUGUGCAUUUAUUAUGGCUGAUGAUCUGCCAAAAUAACUAGUUACACUAAUGUGGAAAAAUAAUAUUAAUGCAUUUUGGUGGCUUUUUGUAAAGUCUACUUGAAGUAUUACUUUUUAAUAAAUUGCCAAAACAUUAUUUUGCCAGAUCAUCCUUGGAUCAAAAACACAUGGGAAAUAGAUAUUGCUGUCUUCUUGCACUCACACUGCAGUUCACACCUGACUGUUUGAGAACCUCUCAGUUUGUCAAGGCUUCUCCUGCUAUUGUAGCAUGUCAUGGCGUCAUGACUGAAAUACACCAUCCUCUUGAAGAAGGACAAGAGGACACUGGUCCUGAUGUCAUACACAUAUUCAAAGCUUUAGCACUGUACUGAAGUAAUCAAACAAAAUGGCUGAGUUGUUAAUGAAUAAAGAAAGAUCUUUAAAAGACCCACAAUAACAUAAACCAAACAAACAAAAAAACAGAUAUUUACAUUCAUCUGACAGGAAAGAAUAUUAUUCAUUCAAAUAUUGUUUUGAGCAUUCAGGAGGGUGCACUUGCAUUCAAUAAAAAACGAAUCCCUCUGUAAAGGGGCAAUGUUGGAGCUUGCUGAAGGGAGUGUGUUUCAAGAUGGCAGUAUAUAUUUCAUGUGUGUUGUUGAGUGUAUCCUUGUUGAGUUAUAGUAACUCAGUGUCAUUGUUACUUGAUUGCUUCCACCCGGAAUUUGCCAAACUCAGAUUUGUUUACCCCUGUGAUAACACUUUUGUUGAGAGCAUGCUUGAGUGAUAUGGAACUGUCAGUGCCAUCAAAACAAGGAAGCCGGAUCAAGGAAGUCUACUGUUUAUAAUGGAAGGAAAUACUUGUAAACUUUGUCAGCAGUGACCACUGAAUACGGUUCAGUGGCAACAGUUAGACAAUACAUCUAUGUAUAGUAUGUCUACUGUAUGAAACUGAUAUCCCUUGAUCUGUGCGUGUUCAAUAAUACUGCUCCAUAGAGCCGGAAACAGCUCGUUGUUGAUCAAUUGUGAACUUUGGCCACACUUUGAGAAUGAUUUGAAGAGGAGGGAGGUUGGACAGGGCAAGUUUAGUUCCUACAUAUAGAUUCAUCCAAACAUUGACUUUCAUAGUGUAGUGUAUUCCAAGUUAAGAAGUGUAUGAUAUUAUAGAUGAAAUCAUUCUAACUGGGUCCAUUUUGUAGACAGGAACAUGUAGUCCUUCAUAUAUGUAUAGAUGAGCUUCAUUACUUGAUAACAUACAUCUAAGAUAUUGAACUCCACUCAAGAUUAGGUGUAUCACUUAAAGUUGGGAAAUUAAAUGACAUCAGUGAACUACUUCUCCAAAAGCAACAUUCAGACGAGAGCUUUCCUAAAAAUUUGUGUUAUUCUCAUUUUUGGGUGUUUUUCUAAGUGCGGAAAUUUUCAGUACAGGAAAUAUUAUAAACAGUUUAAUUGAGCUCUUAUUUUCAGCUAUGAAACUGAUAUUCCUGAUUUUGAUAUAUCUUGAACCAUAAUUUAGGUAUGGUAGAACAUUCCAGUGUGGGAUAGUAUUUUAGUGUGAUAUCCACCCCAUACCUGGGUUGUCUCCCCCUUGUCCCAGCCUGUCCCCCCAGUCCAACUUGCCAACUUCUCCUAUAUACACAGGUUACUGUUGUGCUGUAUUCCAACUAACUUGUGUGGCCGCUACCAUAGUCCUCACGUUCACCUACUAAUUUGCUUGAAAUUUUGUAACAAACACAAUUUUGGGCUGUUAAAUUUGAGACCAUGCAUUGUGUACUGGUGGCCAAGGUGUUGGUGGCCUUAUGGCGGUCUCUUUGUGAUGGUUACAAUGGUGCGUUUCCAUGUUAGUGUUUGACAUCUUGGCCAGUCAAGUUAGAGUCGUGUUAGGUGUUUAAAGUGUAAUCAAAAUAACAUGCAUGACGAUCUAGUUGUGUUCCUCAGUUUUAUUGUACGACAAGAAGACAGAUACACAGUCAUAAUUAAAAUUCCCAGGAUUUGGAUGUGUCGAUGUUAAAAUAUUUGGUAUAUUUGGUCGAUAUAUACAAAUUAAUCAAAAGUAAGAAGUCAAGGACAAAGCUAUAUUUAGACAUUCAAGUGACAUUUGGAUCGUCAUGCAAUGAACUGACUUACAUAGUUCUUAGUAUUAUUUUGUACACGAUUUGGAAAAAACACAAAAAUAGGUUGAAUUCUGCAUGGCUCAAUUUAGCUAGAAUUGUUUUUUGUCACAUUGCCACGUAGUUCUGAGCUGUACAACGUUUACUUGUGUAUUUAUUGUUGAGGCGAAGAUAUUUAUAUGAGUAAUUUGACUGGUUUUAUCUGGUCAGGUUAGAAUUAAACGUUUACACGAAAAUA